UAGCACUUAGUAUUACGCAAUAAAUGCACUCCAUAAGUGGAAGAUUUGAGGAUGACCUGAAACGACAAAGCGGUAGAAUCUGAAAAAGUGAGAGCUAUUUGGAAGAAAAACUUCGGUUGCUAACGGCUAGACGAUUCAAUUAGGGUCUUGGUGCUUGACGUGAAAUCGGCCACUGAAUAAGCGAGGUUCUGCAAAACAACCAAGAUGACUACUUGGAAUGUGCUUGGAAAUAUCCUUCUAACAGCAGCAUUAACACUUUCUGUUUACGUAAGCGGAAUACCAAUGCAGGGUAACAAACGUAUGCUGUUUCAAAAUGGUAUGAAUAAAGAGGAAAUUGUUGCAAGACUGAACGAGAAACUCUCAAUGGUAGAUACAGAAGCAAGAAUAUCAAGGAUAUUUUAUAACAAGAAUGCUACAUUCGAACAAGAUACAUUCAUUGACAUGCCAAAGCAAUUAUUUAAAAUGUUCUUAAACACAGCUGGGAUUGGAAAAAUGGCGGAUGUUCUUUCCAUGUCAUGGAUAGAGAUAACAUCCCUAAAAGGACCCUUUUCAAACGAAAAAGAGCAAGCUUCACAAUGCAACGAACUAUUGCACCCCGAUCAUUUACUGAGCAACGUUAUCCUUGAAAAUUUGAUACCUCUCCAAGAUAAAGUUGCUGAUUCCAAGACGAAAGGCAGUGUAAUCGAAAGUUUAAGGCUGCUGUUUUGCAGUAAAAGCAUGAAGACUGUUACUUUGCAAUACAUGCAGACUGAUGACGUCAUAUCAGGCUUGGUAAUACUAGGCCUUGAUGGCGAUGGAUCCCUCCUCUUCUUUGCAAACGUUGGCUUUUAGUUGGCGAAGAAUCAUAACCAGAAUACGGAAAUCGAAUCAAAUUAGUGGCUUGUAUGCACUUUUUGUUAAUUUGGCAAAAUGUCUAUCGCAUGACACUUUGCCAAAUAUCAGUAAGAGAAAAUAUGUGUAUAGCUGUUGUGUCAAUUUUUCCAUAAAGACAUAAAGAGUCAGAGACAUUAGACUUCUAGAUACGUCUCUAUAUGAAUAAGCUGUUUGUGGUAGCAGACUUAGAAAAAACUAUUUCGACUUUACAAAGUUUAAUCGCAAAUCAAGUCAAAUAUUUAAAUAGUUUAAUAUAGUAUUGUAUUUUGGUAAGUAAUUCACUACGUUCAAAAUAUAGAGAAACAAAAGAGAUGGAUAGGCUGGUUGAAAAUUUUACCAAAAAGUGAAAGCAAGACAGAAAGGAGACCAUUUUAGAACUAGCGAAAGUGUUUUAAUGACUUUUAUUUUCAAGGUUUAAAACAAGCAUUACGCAGUUUGAAACUGAACUGAUUUAUAAAGCCAGUUUUUCUGUUAAAAUCUGAAUAACUUCAAGGAAAAACCGAAAGUUUUGAGAAAUUUUCCCGUUACGCCCAUGGGCAUCAUCAAAGAUUUGAUGAUUAUCCUGCUGAUCAGAAAGUUAAAAAUCUUAAACUUACAAUUUUCCAGGAAAUCAUUUUUAAUUACAGAAUUUGUGAAAAAUUUCUAAGGUGCAACUAAGCAUUUUACGAACUUUUUGCACCAGUAUAACUUGUUAAGGUUUUAAUUCUUCUGCAUGUAAAUGUUGCUUAUGAAAGCUUCAUGUUCAAAUGUAGAGUGAAAUUACUUUAUCAAAAUAACAUUUCUUGUUUUCGAUUAUAAUUUUGUUAACAUCAGAAAUGUGAAACCUCAGCUUAGAUUUUAUACGUUAAAUACUAAAUGGGCUAAUCUGAACAGGCAUUCUGUGAAUAUGAACGAACAUGGAGAAGCAAAUAUAUUGAAAUUCCAUGUAUUUUGCAAA